UGUUAUGAGAAAAGGAAAAAAGAAGAAAAAUAAGAUUUACAACGAUUAUGAUAAUUUUGUAUAUCGAAUAAAUGAAAAAACGUAUUUAUACGUUUUAGAAAAAUUAUUUACCGAUUUUGCCUGGUGUAUUAUGUAAGAUAUGUUAUGUUAAACACAUAACCUAUGACUACACAUAUAUCGGACGUAAUGUAGAUCAUCGAAUGGUUUGACCGCGAAAUGUGAAAUGUAUUUGUUUAUAUUUCUACGAAGGUAGUCUUAUUCAAGUGUCUCUUCAUAAUUAUUUGAAAAUUUCAACGAUGAGCUGGGAAGUUUGCUGCAGGAAUAUGUGUCGUGCAUGCAUGAAAAUUGAUGGUGUACUUUUGCCAAUGUAUGAUGACGACACUAUUAGUAGCAAAAAUUUGCCUGAAAAACUUACUGAACUUACCUCUGUUCAGAUUGAUAGGUAUGAUGGACUACCAAACAUGCUUUGCGCCAAAUGUGCUUAUCGGACUGUUGCAUUUUAUGAUUUUAAAUUACAAGUACAAGCGACAGAAGAAAAACUUAGAAAGAUGUUUGAUACACAAAUGGAGGAUAUCAAGGAAGAAAUUGAAGAAAAUGAAAAUGAACAAGAUUCUAUAAUGUUAAGCAAAGAAUCAGCAGAAAAGAAAUGUUCGUUCGAUUCUUCUGAAACAGUUUCUGUUAAUUACGCAAGUUCUAUUAAUGAUGAAUUAAAUAAGGAGAUUAAAGUAAGCAAAGAUGAAGUAGAACAAUCUUUAGAAAUAAUAUCAUUUAUGGAUUUGAAUCAGAGUAAUGAAACAGAUAAGAUUCCAGAUCAUUUAAAUAAGAUCAUCAAUGUUGAUCAGCAAGGUAAAUUAUAUAGUAUUAAAAGUGAAUUAGUCAAUCAAUUCUAUAAUACUCUUAGUUCACACGAUUUAAAUCGUACAGUAGUAUAUAUAGGAGAUACAGUAAUGGAUUCUAUCAAAUCAGAGGAUCAUAAUAAUCCUUGCAAGCCAAAAGAUGAAAAUAGUAUUAAACCAUCAUUUUGUAAAGAGAAUUUUGAAAAAUCUAGUACAAAUGACGAAUUUUUAGAUACAAUAUAUAUAUCUGAUAAUACGGAAUCAAAGAGCAUUAAAAACAUUGAAAAUGAAACUUGGCAAUUGGUAGCAACAGAUAAAUCAGUAAUAAUAGAGCAGGAGGAUAAAAUGAAGCUUGACAUCCAACAAGAUUGUAAUACAACAGAGAAUGUGGAUUUAAGAGAAAGCGAUGAUACUGAUUCAGAUUACUUCAUUGAUCCUAAAGAUAAUAUUUUAGGAAGUUUAAAUGAUACAAUAACUAGGAUCAAAGAAAUAAAAACUGAGAAUAAUACAAUACAAUAUCAGUGUACUUUAUGUUCGCAAAAUUAUGAUAAGCUUACAGGUGUUUUACUUCAUACUAUUGAUAAUCAUAUUCCAAGUAGUGGUCCAUUCUUUUGUGUUGUUUGUGAGAAGGAUUGCGAUAGUCACAGAGAAUUAAGAACUCAUGUAAAAACACAUACAGGACAAUUUCCAUAUUCUUGUUUCAUAUGUAAUAAAGCGUAUACCUUAAAGAGAUAUUUAAAGCGGCACAUGGUUUGUCAUACUGAUUUUCCAAGACAUCGUUGCCCAAAAUGUGGUGUAAGGUUUAAAACAAAAUUAGAAUUAGAAAAUCACAUUGUAACACAUGUACAUGGAGCACCUUAUGCAUGUAGUCAAUGUCCACGUAUGUUCAACCAUAAAGGUAAUUACAAAAGACACUUAAUUACACAUUUGGAUCCUCAAGGUCUUCAUUUACCAAAAUACCCAUGUACAGUUUGUGGUAAACGAUUCUUGAAUAAUCGUACUCUUGAGACUCAUAUGCGUGUUCAUACAGGAGAAAAACCAUUUAAAUGUAAUGUAUGUAGUAGACGUUUUUCGCAACAAGGGAACCUUCUGAAUCAUUUACGAAUUCAUUCGAAUCCCAGAAGUUAUACAUGUGAAGUUUGUGGGAAGAGAUUUAAUCAAAGAGCUACAUUAAAAGAUCAUAGUCUUAUACAUACAGGAGAAAAACCUUACAUUUGUAACGUUUGCGGAAUUGCAUUUACAUUUAGUGCAGCAUUAAGACGUCACAUGUGGACUCAUGCUAGUGGCAAACCUUUUGGUUGUGAAAUUUGCAAUGCGCGUUUUGUAGGGAAAUAUGAUUUGAGACGUCAUAUGAAAAUUCAUAACGAUAGACCAAGAACGAAACAGAAGAAGAAUGGAGGAAAAAAUAGUAAUACAGAAGAAGAAUCAAGAGAAGAUAUUACAACUGUAGAAGAAGUAGAUACAGAAACUGUUCUCAUAGAACAAGUUCUUUUAAAUCAAGAUGUUACACAAGUUAUUCCACAGGAAGAGGCAGAAAAAGAGAAUGUAGAUGCUCUUUUGAAUCUUAUACAGUAUGGCUAAUAUUAUUAAAAAGUUUUUUAUUUUUCCUCCAAUAUUUUUUGUUCAAAGUUAAAGAAAUAGACAUUUAGCUUGAAGAAGGCAGAAUUUGUGGUCGUAAGUCAAUUAACUUAACGUAUAUGUCUCCUUAUUGGAAAUAUUAAAUCUUCAAUUUCACCUUUAAUGUUCGAUCAUCAUAUGAUAAUUUAUAUCUUGAAUUAUAUAAUGCUAUAGAGCAUAAUUUUUAACUUAUUUAAUAGUUUUAAAGGAUCGCGAUUUAUAAAGUUUAUGAAUUAAUUAAACAAUGAAAGAUUGCUUCGUGGGUGUAUAGAAAAUUGUUACUGAACAAUUUUUGUUUUCCUUGUGUAACAUUGUAUAU